AUGCUCAUUCUAGGCAGAUAUCCCCGAAAGAAAAAGGGAUCGGCUCGAACAUCCACAACGCCGGCGGCAAAUGCGUCGGAUUCCCGAGUCAUUCAGCGUCAAUUUCCAUUACCCGGACAGGGCUCUCAGUAUCCAGCUCGUCCCGUAACAGCAGAGGAUGCGAUCCAUAAAACCGUGUUCCUCGGCGAGUCAAGUCCUCUCACCUGCGUUGUGGAUGAAGGGCAACGAUCCCCAGACAAGGGGUAUGCAUGCAGUAUCCAAAAAGGCCGACUGCACUACUCCAUUUCUGAGAUGAGUGGAGCAAGUGAGAAUAGCCAGAAUUCACUUGGCCCUCGCAAACUGAUACAUGAUCGUCUUACCCGCGAAGGGGCUCUCGUAUUCCCGUCGCCUGCUGUCUGCGACGCGUUACUUCAAGCAUAUUUUGACUGGCUCCACCCAUGUUUUCCAAUUCUUGACCGGACAGAUCUGCAAAGUCACUAUCAAGAUGGCACAUUAUCACCUUUGCUUUUCCAGUCAAUGCUCUUCAUUGGGGUGAGCCUAUGCUCAGAUACAGCGUUGGACACCACAGGCUUUAAUAAUCGCUACCAAGCCAAGGAAGUAUUUUAUCAACGAGCAAAGGAUGUUUAUGAUUCCGGAUGGGAGACCGACACAAUCAUAAAGUUGCAAUCGUUGUUUCUCCUGAGCUUUUGGCGUGGAAGCCCAAACGAAGAACGUGAUGUUCGUUUUUGGCUUGGAGCUGCCAUCGGCCUUGCUCAAAAAAAGGAAUGCAUGUCUAAAUUGUCCUUCCUCAAUGCCAAAGACCAAAAGAUUUGGAAACGGAUCUGGUGGGCUUUAUAUGUCCGUGAUCAACAAACAUCUGCAGCGUUAGGGCUGCCACCUCGAAUACGUGAUGAAGACUGCCAAAUCGCUGAUCUUGAAGUCGCAGACUUUGAGGAUAAAGAGCCGAUGGGGCCUCCUGGAAUAUUCCGCACACCUCCAGGAGUCCACAUUCCCUACGUUAUUGGAAUGGCUCAACUGGCUAGGCUAUUGCGGGAAAUAGUCUGCAGCCAAUAUCUGCCUGGUCGACCGAAGUUGGAUAAUGAAGCUCGACCAAUGCUCCGUCAACGCUUGGUUGACUGGGAGUCGCAGCUCCCGAAAGAAAUGCAAUUUCAAAUGCCCAUGAGCAGAGAGGCGAUGUUCCUGGUUGGCAUGCUUCACAUGGCGUACAACAACUUGUACAUUCUCCUCUACCGACCCCUUUUCCUCCAGCCCCCAGGCCAAUCAAUCAACCCGGAAGGAAACGUCGCCCUGGAAGCAGCAACACGAAGCACCCGCAUUUUAGAGGACAUGCUCUCAGAAAGCCUGGUCCAACAUGGAUCAGUUCACCUAAUCACCCACACCUUCUCGGCUUUAUGUAUACAUACCAUUCAUUUUGGACGGGCCACGGGUACAGCCCGAAAGUUAGCAGAACACAGGGCAAAAUUAUGCCUAUUGGGUUUGAAGGAAUUACAGAAAUCAUGGGACUUGGAGAACUGGGUUCUGGAUCUUUUCUUCCGGUGCUUGGAUGAUCGUACUGCUCGCGAUCUUCGAUUAGCCGAUCCUUCAAUGCCGUUAUUCAUACCACAGGGAGGCGGCGGUCGAAAUAUUGAGGAGAUGUUGUCACCUGUGUCUCCUGCUAGUGGUUUAUCUAAACCUCUCUCUCCCCACGCAGCGGGCGAUCCCUUACACACCCCUAACACGAUGCCUCACCAUAACCCCGGAGAAGAGGCAGCAAUCAAUAUGGACUGGUAUGAACUGUUCAACGUGGAGGGUGACGAUGUUAUGGGCCUUGCUGGCUCAUUAUCAAACCCGGACUAUUUGAACCCGCAGAAUCUCGAAUUUCUCUAUCGGUUCCUAUAG